UCAGAGGGUCUUAUGACUACAGGUCAAUUUGUUCUGAAAGUGCAUCAUUUCACGACCAGCCACUCCUAUCGGUCAUAGGGCGUCAUUCGGACACGCAAUGUCUAUAGAUAUCGAUUACUUGAUCGGCGUCCCUAAUCUCGACGACACUUUUGAUCGUGGGGCUCCCCCCCUGGAAGAUACGGUAUCAGAGAAACCUCCGGGCGAGUCAGCUCGCGCUCCGAAACAUCAACGAAAUGUGCUGCAUUGCUCGCCUACGCCCUGCUUGGAUUUCUGCCCCUCCACACAAGGUAUAGCUCGGACCGGACCCGGCCGUUCAUGUCGCGUCGCAGCCCUCACGGUGACACAAUCCCCAACCGGGUGAAACAGAGACAACCCAAUCAUGGUCUUGGCAUGUACAGUACAGCAUGAAGGGCCCGGCGGCCUGGCCAAGACAUUUGUUCAUCCGAUGCCUCCUCACCAACGCUUGGAAAUCCCAUCAUCCUCAACCGAAGCAUUACUAUACAUCACCGUCACGUCUCUUCUCUAUGUUGGUGCUUGUAUUGACGGCAGAAUAAACAUUCAUAUACACGGAACACGUCUGGUCGAUAUUCGAAUGGGUCGUGUGGCUAUUGGCAUGGUUGGCCUUUGAAGAACUUUCACUCUCGCACAAGGCUAUCCUUAUGAGUGUUACUAGUGAACCCAUUAACGAGGGCCGCUCACUACCUGCAUCAAACUCCACCCGAUGGGUGAGGGUCGAACCAUCUGCCGGAAAGUGAAACCUUCUGCGCUCAUGUCUCCCAUUUCGACUCAAUCUUCCUCUCAGCGUCGGCCCUCGCCUCAUCCAUUUGGUAAGAGCUAGGACAGGAUAAGAUGCAUUAUCCGUGGGUAGAACAUUGACAACCCUUAGUGGUUUCUACGACAAACGGGAUGACGGAGCCGUUGGUCAGCUGUGUUUGUGGUACCGUCAUGGCAAUGGCCAUAACGGUAUCAAAACGAUCGUUCGUUAUUGUAGGUAUAUCCAUGUGAUAUUGGCUCUGGGCCUUCUGGAGGCUUUAUUACCGCUGGAGGUGCCACUUCUGACCACAGAAGAGCGUGUGUUGGGAUUGGGUGGCCAGGAUACAUUGCAGGUUACAGAUCUCUAAAUUACUCCGGGCCGUGCAGCUGUCUAGGACUACCGCUUAUGGGGAAGUUAGCAUCACCGAUAAUGCGCGACGGCUCAUAAGGUAUGGUUGAGGCUGGGGAGACAUACAAACGGCUAGUCCCUGCAUCCGUUGGAGCCGUGCUUUUCAUAAAUCUUGGCACUGGUUGGGUUAGGCGUCGAGCUUGGCCCUGGCUGAGAGUAAGUCCGCAGGCCAUCUCCGAGUGCCGGUUUGGACUGAAAAAAAAGACCCCGGCCUAUUCGGAGCUAAAUAUUAGAAUCCAAUGAAAGGGAUCAAUGGAGGCCAAUUUGACCCAGGAAUCACGUCGGAACGGGACGAUUUUUCGAAGUCAAAUACUCUGUGGACAUCGCGGUUUGCACACGUGCAGCGUUUGUACUUCAUUAUUUGUUUGUGCCGGAAUCGUGCCAACGCCUCAGCACUGACGCCCUGUUUCACAUAUCCGGAAACAUAGUUCGGGUCCGGCUUCCUUUAGCGAUAACCCACAUGGUUUGCGAAAUACUACCUGAUUUGUCAAUUCCUUCGAAUGCCUUGGCAACGGGCUUGCUCUUACGUUUGUGCACAACUCGACAUCAUCCCAAAUCGUUUGCCACAAGUCGCCUCGGGCUUGUCGGGGCGUCAUUUGGGAAAAAGCGAAUAUCUGAUCGCUGGCCGAGACUUUGCUUUACCUCGGCAACACCUUUUAUUUCCUGAGGAAAGGGUCUCUCGCCUCACGGUGUGAGACUGAGAAGUCCACACCAAGCGGCAGUACUCCUAGGGCGCUGCCCGUAGGCCUGAUGGUACAGGAACGAGCGCUCGUUGGUCAGGUGCCUACGGUCCGGUGCCCGUUUUGGAGGUUUCCAGCGUGACCCAUCUGGGAAGUGCUAUGAAUUUAACGGGUCAUCGUGAAUCUGGCAUUACUGUCCCAAUCUCUGGCCCUGGCGAUCUCGGGGCGGCGGUGUCUAACCCUAAUAAAUAGAGAUGGGUCUGGGCCGAAUAGCAAAGGCGACAUGGGAUCACCGGGAGGAGGAGGUCUGGCAUCUCCGCAUACUCUACAGAGGAGUCCACUCGGGUAGGGUCAAUCAUCAUAACCGGAAACCUCCAAAAGGCAGCAUUGGUAGUGAGUCUGAGAGUCGGGGUACUGGUCACACCAGUCAGUAACUUGGUAUUGUAAACCUCUGACGGGAGGCCUCCCCUCCCCCCGGGGAUUGAAUGGCCCGGCGAUACUGGAGAGUUGAAGAUGGGGGUUUUCACAUUUUCUGCCCAAAGCCGUUUAAUGAGGGUUCUGUUCUAUUCUCCUACAGUAGUGGCAGGUCGUCUUCCCAACGAUAUUUCAUUCCCCACUGUAUCAGCUGCUAGUUGGGGAGUGCGUUGAUAGUACUGUGCCAGUAGCUAAUAGGAGCCGCUAAAAAUUGCUCUCCGCUUCCGGUGGGCAGAGCUCGAGCGCUUUGUUUAAUACCGGUACGGUAACGUUCGAUAAUAAAGAGGAUGGGAGAAUAGGGGAAUACGCUAAAGCUAGACUACUCAAGUAGAUGAUGCGGGCGGAGGUGAACAAGAAAUGGACAGUCAAAUAGCUCGCUCGUGUGAUCGAAAUAUUUAUUACUCGUAGACCACGAGUAACGCUUGCGCGGUUUGGUCACGAAAA